CUUACGUAUCUCGAUUUUUUUUCUUCAAUUCCUCUUUGGUCAAGUCGUUGCCGCCACUGUCGAUUUGUCGGCGUCAUCCUUUUUUUUUAUUUCUCUUUUUGAGUUUCUUGUGGUGCAGAAUUUAAGAAAUUUUAAAUCGUUUUCUGCCGUAUGCGACGGCCGUUGGAUGUGUAUUCCGGCGGAUCGGAUGUUUCGUAGAUCUGCUCUUAUUGUGUUGUUUGUUGGGUGUCAUGCAAGAAACUAGUGCUGAUAUAUCUUUCUAUAUUAUAGGGUAAUUUUAUCUAUAAGACUAGGUUUAAAAAGAAGAUUAUGUUUUGGCUGAAAAUAAUUAUUGCUAAAUUUUUGAAAGAAAAAAAGAAAAGCGAAAUUGAAGUUUUAGGAGUCGAUCAGGUGCUCAUUGUCAUUGAGAAAUGAGAAUAUAGGAAUAUAAGCCUUUUUGAUGUUGUAAUUAUGUUUGGUUAUUGAAAAGUAGAGGCUUAAUUCACAAUUCUGCUUUUGUCAAUGUGAAUUUAACAUUUCAUGUUUAACGGGUCAGCAUACUUUUGUGUCAUAUCUGCGUUUAGCCCAUUGAUUAUUGCCAGUUAGACCUUAAGAUACACUGCGAUAUCUAAAUAGCUUGAAAGCUUUACUUGUCCAGCAGUGACUUCCUGUAAACAGCGUUUAGGUGUUGUUGGCUCUUAGCCAAUGGAGAAAGGAGUGCCAUCUAGCCUUUUUGUUAAUGAUGGUUCCUUCAUGGAGAGGUUUAAACAGCUUCAACAACAGAAGGAUGAAAAAGACAAAGCUGCUGCUGCUUUAGAGGAAUCUAAACCCCCCAAAAUUGUUAAAGGGUCUUCAGCUCCCAAGCCUGCUAUUGCUCUUAACAAAAUUUCCAUGGAUUUUAAGCACAAUGAUCCACGCAAGACCUCCCAAACUUCUUCCGGGGGCAAACUUGCAUUCAGCUUGAAACAGAAGUCAAAGCUUGUGGCACCUCCUGUGAAGUUGGCUGCAGACGAGGAUGAAGAGGACCAAGAUGCAGGAAAGUUGUCAGAUGACACGCCUGUAAAGCGGAAAAAGUUGUGUCAAGCAGAUACCUCCGAACUAGCAUCAAAACAAGUGGAUGUUGCACCACCUUCCCCAAGUGAUCCCAAUGUGAAGAAAGUUGCAGACAAACUAGCAAGUUUUGUUGCCAAAAAUGGAAGGCAGUUUGAGCAUAUUACACGUCAGAAAAACCCUGGAGAUACACCUUUUAAAUUCCUUUUUGAUGAGAGCUGUUCUGAUUACAAAUACUAUGAAUUCCGGCUUGCUGAAGAGGAAAAAGCUCUUAUACAGAACAAGGAAUCUCAAACUCCUCAAAGUGGUGGUACAAGCUUUUCAGCUACUAAGUCCACAAGCAGCUCCCUUAGGUCAGGUCUGCAGCAAUCAAGUUAUCAAAUGCCUGCCUCGGCUUUGUAUGAGAAUAAUGAGGAGCCUAGAUCUUCUGCGAUGUCAGAAAGAAGAGCAGGUUCAUCCAGUGGCGCAACAGGUGCAGAUCCUAUAGCAAUGAUGGAGUUUUACAUGAAGAAGGCUGCUCAGGAAGAGAAGAUGAGACUGCCUAAGCAGUCCAAAGAUGAGAUGCCUCCACCUCCUUCCCUUCAAGGUGAAUUUUUAUCCUGCAAUGAUUUGUGUCCUUGGAAAAAAAAAAAAAAAGAUUGGCUUUUGGUAUGCAUCGUAUCCUUUUUUCUCUUAAGUGAGAGGUUUAAUACCUUUGCUGCAUGGAUUUCAGGUGAGGGUUUAGGAGCUCCAGAAAGGGUUAUUUCAGAUCCGAUGGCUGGUGAUGUAAAGAUGAACAAUUUGGGGGUUGGUGCCUCAUCCUGGAGAGUGACUCCAGAGGAUGAUAUAUAUGAGCAGAUAUAGAAAAAAUUGCUUGGUUAUCGAUACAGACCAAAUCCUCUGAACAAUCCUCGAAAGGCAUACUAUUGACGAAGUUGUGGAAGAUAAUCUACUCGAGGAGGCUGGUUGGAGGGAAAUGAAUCAAAUGUAGUAAAAAUGCUUAUUGUUUUUUGUUAUUAUUAUUAUUUUAAUUUUUUUGGUUUGUGACAAUUUUCUAGGGAGACUGCCUUGUUACGUUUAUUCAGUGUUUAAUGACAAAUUGUUUUGUACCCACAUAUAUGACUGUUAACUGGUGAUUGCCUUGUAUGGAAGUGAAAGCACAUGAUUUGGGA